GAAAUAUCAAGCCUCAUAAUUUUUCCCUCCUUAUGUAGAAACAAUGACCUUGAGCGAUUUUUCUGGAAUUAAGCUGAAUACCAUCUCACUUAAAACUAUCAGUAAAAUAAAGAAGCAGAGCUACCUCAAAGACUGAGUGAAAGCUAACAGCAACCUUGAGCCUAUGAAAGGAGGUCUGGGACGGUCAACCUGAUCUACAUGAUUGAGUCAAAUAUGGAAAGAAAACCAGAGCAGGGAGAAGAAAUGGCUGGUUCUAAGGAGCGGUUGUCAUUCAGAGAUGUGGCCAUUGAUUUCUCUGCAGAGGAGUGUGAAUGCCUGGACCGUGCUCAGUGGGAUUUGUACAGUGAUGUGAUGUUAGAGAAUUACAGCAACCUUGUCUCUCUGGGUCUUGCUCUCUCUAAGCCAUAUCUGGUCACAUUUCUGGAACAAAGACAACAGUCUUGGGAUGGGAAACAACAAGCAACCGUGGCUACAUACCCAGGAACAAAGCCCUUUAAAUGUAAAGAAUGUAACAAGGCCUUUGUUCGGAAUUCACUCCUUAUUCAACACCAGAGAGUUCAUACAGGAGAGAAACCCUACAAAUGUGAACAGUGUGGCAAAGCUUUUAGCUGUUCUUCAAGCCUUACCCCACAUCAGAGAAUUCACACUGGAGAGAAACCCUACAAGUGUGAACAAUGUGGCCAGGCCUUUAACUGUUCUUCUCACCUGUAUAAGCAUCAGAGAAUCCACACUGGCGAGAAACCCUAUAAAUGCACAGACUGUGGCAAAGCUUUUAACUGGUCUUCAAGCCUUACCCAGCAUCAAAGAAUUCACACUGGAGAGAAGCCCUACAAAUGUGAAGAAUGUGGCUUGUCCUUUAACUGCUCGUCUCACCUGUAUAGGCACCAGAGAAUUCACACGGGCGAAAAACUUUACAAAUGCAAAGAGUGUGGCAAGGCCUUUAACUGUUCUUCAUACCUUAAUUAUCAUCAGAUACUCCAUACCGGAGAGAAACCCUACAAAUGUAGAGACUGUGGCAAAGCCUUUACCAUGGUCUCCUACCUUACUCGCCACCAGAGAAUUCAUACUGGUGAAAAACCCUAUAAAUGUAAAGAAUGUGACAAAGCGUUUAGUAAUUGUUCUGCCCUAAUUCAACACCAAAGAAUUCAUACUGGAGAGAAACCCUACAAAUGCAGAGACUGUGGCAAAGCCUUUAAUAAUAGUUCAAGCCUUACUCAUCACCAAAGAAUUCACACUGGAGAAAAACCUUACAAGUGCAAAGAGUGUGGCAAGGCCUUUAACUCUUCUUCACACCUUAAUUAUCAUCACAGAAUUCAUACCGGAGAGAAACCCUAUAGAUGUGAGGAAUGUAGCAAAGCCUUUAAUAAUUUUUCAGCCCUUAUUCAACACCAAAGAAUCCAUACUGGAGAGAAACCUUACAAGUGUGAGAAAUGUAGCAAAGCCUUUAAUAAUUGCUCAGCUCUUAGUCAACACCAAAGAAUUCAUACUGGAGAGAAACCCUACAAGUGUGAAGAAUGUGGACAGGGCUUUAACUGUUCUUCAAACCUUAAACAGCACCAAAGAAUUCAUACGAGAGAAAGACUCUACAACGGUGAAGAUUCUGGCAAAGCCUUUAAUAAUCAUGACACCCUUCCUCAAUACCAUAGAAUCCAUACAUACUGAAGAGUAACCCUAUAAUGCAGAGAUGGAGGCAAAGUAUUUAACAGUUCUUUUACACUUCUGCAACAUCAAAAUUUUAUACAUCAGAAACCCUACAAAUUAAAAUAUGUGUCAUAUCUUUUAUUCAUGCCAUAAUCAAUGACCAGGGAUUUUGUAUUAGUAAGAAACCUUGCAAAUAGAAAUAAUAUUGCAUGGCCUUUAACUGAAGCUGGAUCUUCAUUAACCAUCAGUGAAUUCAUAUUAAACAGAAACUUUAUACAUGUAAUGACUGGGAGGAAUGUACUCUCAUAUUUGUACCUCAGAAAAGCAAAGUAUUUAUACUACAAAACACAUAAAUAAAAAAUAUAAACAAGCCUUUCUGUACACCUCAGAUCUUACUGAAUAUAAGGAAAUUAUUAUGAGACAAAUCCAGUGAAUAUAUGGAAUGGCACAAAAACUUGAGGGCUUGGUUAUAAUUUAAAGGCCAUCAUUAUUUGAUAUAAAGAAA